AUGUCGGUGUCUCAAGCGCGGCAGCAGGCCAGCAACGGGUCUGGCGCACACUCCGGCAGACGUCGCCGAAGAGGUGGACACGCAGCAACGCCUGCGGCAACGCCGGCUGCUCGACAGCCAACGACCCUGCUGCAACACGCCUCCGGUAGCGGCGGAAAGGCAGCGGCCGGCGAUGGCGGUGGGCGCGGCGGUGGCGGCGGCGGUGGGCGAGGCGGCGGGCGCAGAACGAUCUGGGCCGAGAAUACAGCAACAGCGCCAGGACCAGCAGGAACCGCGGCGGCGGCAGCGGCGGCCGCGGGGCGCUCGCAUAAGGUGUCCACAACACCCACUGCCGUACGCAGCGGCGGCAGCAGCAGCCAGGUUUCCAAAGGCAAGAAUGGAGGCGGUCGGAGAAAGGGCGGGGCCGGUGGUGGCGACGUUAAGGCGGCGGUGGUACUGACGGCAGUCCCGGCGCCGGCGCCAGUUGCCGGUAACGGCUUCGGCGGUGGCGCUGUGCGGAAAGUUCACCCCGGAAUGCUGGAGAGCGAGUUCUUGGCGGCGACGGAGCAGGCCAACGGAGGGGUCGAGGGCGGUGUGGUCUCGUUGAGCCUAGAGGAGGUGCCGUACGACAGGGAUCUCAGGUGGUGCAACACCGCCUCGGACUCCAGGCCCCGCCCAAAGAUGGACCCCCAGGGAGGCGUGUUCGGGCGCGUCGGGACGGCGAUAACCCACGACACCGGCGACUACGAACGCCUCGACAGGCACUACCAGGAGCUCUGGAAAGACCGCGAAGAGAACGGCCCGCCCCCCGCCGGCGGUCCCCGCGGUGGCAACAGCGGCCGCGGCGGCGGAGGCGGCAGCGGCACAGGAAGGGGUCCCUCACGUGGCGGUAACGGCAGCCGCGCGCGAGGGGGGCGGGGCGGGGGGCCCGGGGGUGGUCGAACCGCCUACGGUCCUCGCGGUGGCGGAUUUCUGACGG